GCAGUCCCGCGUCAAGGUCUCCCUCAAUGGGAAGGACACCCCGGCAGCUCCGCCUAGGCGUUUGCCGCGCGAGUAGCCAGGCUGUGAGCUGUUGGGGAGAGGCAGCCCAGCGGAAUGGCGAGUAAUAAGGGACGCCAGUAAAGGCCAUUGUUAAUCGCGCAGUUGAGCUUUACAGAUAAAUCCAUAAAGCGCUCCUGUGACCAAAGUCACAUAAUGUCAAUAGCUCGUUCAUCCGUCCAUGCCAAAUGGAUCGUGGGAAAGGUGAUUGGGACAGCAAUGCAAAAAACUGCCAAAGUCAGAGUGACCAGGCUUGUUCUGGAUCCCUAUUUAUCAAAGUAUUUUAACAAGCGCAAAACCUACUUUGCUCACGAUGCCCUUCAGCAGUGCACAGUUGGGGAUAUUGUGCUUCUCAAAGCUUUACCUGUCCCACGAACGAAGCAUGUGAAACAUGAAUUGGCUGAGAUCGUUUUCAAAGUUGGACAAGUCAUAGAUCCAGUGACCAGAAAACCCUGUGCAGGAGCUAUCUAUCUGGAGAGUCCAGUCAGUCUGGAAACCACCCACCUAACCAAAAAUCUGAAAGAACAUGAUAGCUCUUCAACACAGUGAAGGAGGAUUGGAAGAAGGAACCAAAGGGAAAGACUUACAGGUUUGCUUUAUGAGAAAAAAUUUUUUUCUGAGUCUCACCACAAACUGUCCAAUAUCUCUCCUGGUAUUUAUGAAAUAGCUGAAAGCAAAGAAAAUAAAGGCUUUGUUACAAUUUUUCAUAAA